UGUCAAAAUAAACCCAUUUCUGGAUCAAGUAACAUUAUUCGCCUACCGCGUUUUUCUUAAUAACAAGUGAAUAACCUAAUAGCUAGGCCUAUUCUGAUCAUGGUCGUGUAAGUAAACAGUGCUGUUAGUAGUCUACAUAAUUCUUAAAUAAAAACAUUACAUACAACUAAAUAAUUAUGUAGGUCUAGCCUGGUAAUGAGCAAAAAUAACAUUCCCUGCCUUGUCUCCUCUUUUUAUUCAGCCAAAGAAGAUAACAUUAAAACAUGCUGUCCUACCAUACACGUAGACUUUUGUACGCUUCUCUCAUUCUUCUCAUCAUAUACUCAGUUGUGCAGAUAUUUCGGCCGCCAAAAUUGAUCGAUUUACAAGAUAGAGAAGCCCAGCUAAAGCAAAUGGCCAAAAUGAUUCAAUCUGGAAGUAACAGUAAACUAUGGCGAGGUGGACAGGCUUGUAGACAUCCUAGACUGGAGGUGAACAGUUCAGAGAUCAUGAGGUUCAUUAAACCUCAAGGUCCUCUGCAGUGUGCAGACGAGCCGGACUGGGUGACAAUGGUGGGAGGCAUGGCCAAGAUCACGCAACUGGCUCGCGACAGAUACGGCGAUAUUGAGUGCUCGUUCACAGAUAUCACAAGGACUGAUGAUUUCUACACUAGGACUGGCAUUACAACAACGACACAUACAGAGUUUAAUCUCGAGUCUAGUGAUGUUGUGCGGGUCCGAUGUAUCUCAGAAUCUGGCAAAAAAUGGAACAGUAUUUUGGCUGGUAUCCGCAAUGACCAGGAUGUUAUGGAUCGCUCCGGAUGGCAGUCUCUUGCCCCGGACGCAUUGGGUCUCAACGUGCUCAUGUUUGGCUUUGACUCUCUGUCGCGCAACACGUUCAUCCGCAAGCUGCCUCGUAGCUACGCAUACCUGCACGACCAGUUGGGAGCUACGGUGCUCGAAGGAUACAACAUCGUAGGCGAUGGCACGCCACAGGCACUAAUACCUAUAUUGACAGGAAAGACAGAGUUGGAACUGCCAGACACUCGCAAGAGGAUGGGAGACAAGGCUUCUUUUGUCAAUGUUUAUCCGUUCAUUUGGAACGACUUUGCUGAAAGCGGAUACGUUACAGCGUACAUGGAAGAUACACCCUCCAAUGGGAUCUGGACGUAUCGACUGAAAGGUUUUGACUCUCAGCCCACCGAUCAUUACAUGAGGACUUUCUUUGUUGAGGCGGAGGGCGACUACAGGAAACACAAGCCAUAUUGUAUCGGCUCACUGCCCAGACACAAGAUUAUGAUGGAGUACGCCAAAAACAUGUUCGUGGUGUACAAGGACAGGCCCAAGUUUGUGUUUGGGUUCCACGGAGAGAUUUCCCACGACAACUACAACCUGGUUGGAGCGGCAGACGAGGACUUGCUGGAGUGGCUGCAGUGGUUCAACAACAACGGACAUCUCAACAACACCAUGUUGAUAGUCAUGAGCGACCACGGCCACAGGUUUGCCGAGAUUCGUAACACACAACAGGGCAAGUUGGAGGAGCGACUGCCGUUCUUCUCGUUCGUCUUGCCGCCGUGGAUGUCUCAGACACACCCUCGAGCGGUGGCGAACCUGCGAACCAAUAAACACAGGCUGACCACGCCUUUUGACAUCCACGCAACGUUGGCCAGCCUUCUACACUUCCCUCAGACCUCGACGCAGGGCGAUCUCUCUCACCGCUCUCUCAGUCUGUUCCAAGAGGUUCCGCAAGAAAGGACGUGUGCAGACGCGUUCAUAGAGCCACACUGGUGUGCCUGUCUGGAGUGGGAGAAAGUAGAUCCUCAGAGUCACCUGGUUCACAGGGCUGCCACUACGUUUGUUGACUUUAUCAACCAAUACAACGCGAAACACUCUACUCUGUGUUCACUGCUGAACCUGGAGGCGGUCCUCUGGUCGGCACGGCUGGUGCCAUCUAGAGCUUUGCGCCGGUUUAAAGACGCAGCAGAUCUGGAUGGUUUUGUGCCCAACUUCUCCAGCAACACUCCGGUCACCAUGGAAACCUAUCAGAUCAAACUGAUCACACAACCCGGCAACGCGAUAUUCGAAGCUUCCAUCUCACAUCACCUUAAAGAAGAUACAUUUUCAUUAAGGAUAGAAGACGUAAGUCGUAUAAAUAUGUAUGGCUCUGCUGCUGCUUGCAUAGAGAACACUCAAGAACAAUUACGUAAGUUUUGUCACUGUAAAACCAAAACUUAGACUGAACGAGGUACUUUCAACGCACAUGGUGGGUGAUAACUAAUUGAAGUACAGUCGAUGAUAAGGACAUCAUUGGGUGAUAAUUUGUGAUAUCUAGACUGUUGAAAGGGUUUGUAAUUUGUAUUCUUCAAACAUAAUGUUCUUGUUUUGUUACUGUUUUUGUUGGAGAGGUUUCAGGGUGUUUUUGUUGCUUUUUGUUGUAUUAGGCCCAGUUAUAAUUCUGUAAAACGCUGUUAUCCUUAGUUGAAUCGUCUUAUGAAUUUAUUAUUCUUACUAAAUGUGUUUUGUAUCGAAUUUCAUAAUAUUUUGUUAUAGUUAGUCAAUAUGAACAGUAUUUACUCAAAUUGAUCAAUACAGUAUCAAAUGAUGACUGAUGUGUAUUUUAUGUGUGAUAUUAUUGUAAUUAGUUGUAAACUAAUCAAAAUAUGAACUAAGCCAAUGAGAAAUGUUGUUUUAUUAACUUAAAUUGAGUGCUUAACCCUCCGAGCGUCACUCGUCGAAAAAUCGACGCACGACACACUUUGUGUAGUGUCACGCGUCGAUUUUUCGACGCACGAACAUCUUUUACGGCGAAGGCUCUAUGACUGACUGAAUCGGAUUGAACUGGAUCGAGUUAGGUAUCGUUAUUUUCGUUAGAUUCUAAGCUUUCUCCAGAGGUCUGUCUCUAAGCGCUUUAUGUUCUCCGAGCCGAUCUUAAUUGUAGCAGACAGCUGACGUGCGUAUUUGUAAACAGCUAGGUUACCCUCGGACCGAUACUGAUGUGUUUUAUUACGUUUAUCAUUGUUUUAGUGUUAAAAAUCAAAAGUAGUGAUAUACGUGGUGCAUUAUAAGAAGAUUUAAGUGAUUUUGAAGGGCUGGUUGAUGAUCCUGAAGAAGUAGGUAGUGAUAAUGGUGUAAAUUAUAAGCCAGAUUCCUAGCUAUGGUUAGGCUAUGCAUUCUUAGCUAAACGCUAUGUACUGAAAUAUGUUUUUUGCCCAUAACUUAUUUAUUUGCAAAUCUACUUCCUUAUAUUAUCAUAUAUUUGUAAUCCUCAUAAC